UAAAUUGUUUCUGCGUUGCGGGCAUCGAGUUCUGUGGCUCGAGAACAGUGUGCCCCCCUCAAUUCCAGUCUGGAUUCGACAGUCCUCGCUGCGGAGAGGAGUGGGGAAACUUUUCUAAGCUUGAUGAGGUCGUGGGUCAGUGGAGAUGGUCAGUGAAGUGGGGUUUAGAUUAGGGAUUUGGACGUAAGUUGGGAAGUUUUGUGGGUUGGCGCCGGCUGUGGAGAUGGCCAUGGGGGACGUGACCGGUGUGAAUCGCUAUGACAAGGGGGUGACCAUCGGUUCGGGUACUUUCGGUAUCGUCUUCAAGGCAAUCGAUAAAUUGACGAACAGGACUGUAGCUGUUAAGAUGAUUAGAACGGGUAAAUACAAGGAGGGAGUAAACGUGACAGCUUUGAGGGAGAUCAAAUUGUUGAAGGAGUUGUAUGAUCCAAAUGUGAUCGAGCUCGUGGAUGUGUACCAACACAAACGAAAUUUAUAUCUUGUGUUCGAGUACAUGGAGAGUGACUUGGAAGCAGUAAUCUACGAUCGCAACACUUUUCUUUCUCCCGCGGACUACAAAUCCUACAUUUACAUGACCCUGAAGGGACUGGCUUUUUGUCAUAAGAAAUGGAUUCUCCACAGGGAUAUGAAGCCAAAUAAUUUAUUGCUUGGUUCAGACGGACAGUUGAAGAUUGCCGAUUUUGGUUUAGCUCGGAUCUUUGGAAGUCCAGACCGGAGAUUCACUCAUGAGGUGUUUGCUCGGUGGUAUCGCGCUCCUGAGCUCCUCUUUGGCUCCAAAAUGUACGGACCAGGUGUCGACGUCUGGGCAGUUGCUUGUAUUUUUGCAGAACUCAUUCUUCGACGUCCUCUCUUUCAGGGUACAAGUGAUAUUGAUCAACUCGGAAAAAUCUUUGCAACCUUUGGAACUCCACGUGAAUCACAAUGGCCAGACAUGACUUCUUUACCUAAUUAUGUGGAAUACUCCUAUUCUCCACCCCAGCCCUUUCGCACUCUUUUUCCGCAGGCCAGUGAAGACUGCCUAGACCUUCUUCAACGGAUGUUUACAUACGACCCUAGGCAAAGAAUCUCCGCACAGCAAGCUCUAGAGCACAGGUAUUUUAGAACAGAGCCAGCAGCAACGCCCCCACAUUUGCUUCGUAGGCCAGUUCGGCAACAAAUAGACGGACAAACAAAUGCUUUGGAUCCUGCACCUGAGGAUAUUUAAGGUUUCUCCACCAAUUAAAACAGGACACAGUUGAAGGCGCUCAGAAAACAAUUUUUCAGUGGAAGAGUCCACUAUUUCAUAAUACUCCAAAAAAUAAUCGAGAAGUGAAUGUGGUUAUAUAUCUUGAAUCGAUUGGAAUGGUUUAUAGUUGCAGUUUUUUUAGAAGACAUCAGGGCAGGCUGUAAACCUGACGUUGUCUUCAGAAAGAUUGUGCUGCUUGGAAUAUCCUCACCCUCAACAUUUGAUGAUAUUUGCCUAAAUAUGUUGGUUUUUAACCCUGGAAACAAAACUGGGAACAUAAAAAUCAAUUAUUAUAUCACAAUUAGUGCUAU